AUGGCUAAUGGUGAGAGACGACACCGAGAGUUGAUGAUUUCCCUUGAAGGCGAUUAUUGCCCUGCAUCUCCCCGGCAAGGACAUCCUAUAUUCGCUGAUAAGGAUUCUGUUGAUUCUGUCCUGGCAGGACCGGCACCGGGUGAUUGGGGGUCUGAAGAUAGUCACAACCCAACAGCUUAUAUUAUCGUCGUAGACAUGCGUUGGUGGGAUGACCGGGAUGAGAAAAACGCCCGUGGUCCGCUGCCUGAGGGUGUAGAGGAUAUGGAAUUUGAACCUGAUGAUCAGGGCUAUCCCCCGAUUAAUGGCUGCCGGAUGUACGAUGUUGGUUGGACAAAGGUCUCUGUCCGUAAACUCUACCCAAGAUUGUACUGUCUUCUCACGAGUAGUGAUUUUUGGGGUGCUAUGUAUCAACGGCCGCCGAAUAUCGCUAAAAUCCCAUAA